CAGUUUUCAAGACCCGAUCUUGAUAAAGGUGGCUUUUCUCCUUCUCUUUUCUCGCAUAUAGUACAGGAAGACUGACAUGAACAGCAACAUUUGAUGCAGCAUAUGGAUGAGACACCCUUAUGACUUGACUGCUUGAUUCGAGAAAAGUUUUAAAAAUUUUAUUUUUCAUUGUUUAAUUCAAUAGAAAGUUAAUUUAAAGUAUCUAAAAGCAUUUAUUGCAAUAGGAAAAGAACGGCCAGAUGUGUGGAAUCUUUGCCUAUCUCAAUUUUUGUGUCCCAUGUCAAAGACAAAACGUAUAUGAAAUCCUUUUAAGAGGAUUGGAACGUCUUGAGUACCGUGGAUAUGACUCAGCAGGGAUUGCAGUUGAUUACCCAGAGGAAGGUGUUCAUAUCGUGAGGAAGCAAGGAAAAGUUAAAAUGCUCCGUGGCAUAGUUUUUGAUAUUGAGAAGGCAGAGUACAGUUCAAUAGUAAGCACCCAUGUUGGUAUUGCACAUACAAGGUGGGCAACUCACGGUGAACCCAGCGAACGUAACUCUCACCCUCAGUCGUCUGGCGAAGACAACAGCUUUAUGGUGGUACACAAUGGUAUUAUCACUAACUUCAAGGACAUCAAACAGUUUCUGGAGAAAGAGAACUACACGUUUACAAGUGAUACUGACACAGAGGUCAUACCCAAGCUAACCCACUACAUAUACCAUCACACUGAGGAGGGGGAGACACUCACCUUCCCAGAGGUGGUCGAGAGAGUCAUCUCUCAACUGGAAGGAGCAUUUGCCCUGGUGUUCAAGUCGACAGUGUUCCCAAAACAGAUAGUAGCUGUGAAGCGAGGUAGCCCUCUCCUAGUUGGCAUCAAGAGUGAAAGAGAUAUCUCCAUGGACAAAGUUAACAUCAGUUACAGACAGAGACAAAGCUCUGGAGACGACAGAGCUUUUAAUGAGGGGGGGCAAUCUGCUGAGUACUUCUUCGCUUCUGAUGCUAGUGCCCUGAUAGAGCACACAGAUAGAGUUAUUUACCUAGAAGAUGACGAUAUCACCUCUAUUGUCGAUGGAAGUUUGAGAAUAAACCGGCUUCAGAAACACGCCAAAACAGACGAGACCGCCUCUAGACAAAUAACUACACUCAGACUACAGCUACAGCAAAUCAUGAAGGGUAACUACUCGACCUUUAUGGAGAAGGAGAUACACGAGCAACCUGAAAGUAUCCUCAACACGAUGAGAGGAAGAAUUGACUUUAGCACUGACACGGUGAGGCUAGGAGGAUUAAUUUCUCACGCGAGUGCGAUUAAAAGAUGUAGGAGAAUUAUUGUUAUCGCUAGUGGUACUUCAUACAACAGCGGGGUAGCAACAAGGCAGUUACUGGAGGAGCUAUCUGAUGUGCCUGUAGUUAUUGAACUGGGUUCUGAUUUCCUGGACAGACUCUGCCCUGUUUUUAGAGAUGAUGUCUGUAUCUUUAUAUCUCAAUCUGGAGAGACAGCCGACACACUGAACGCACUGAGAUACUGUAAAUCACGUGGAGCACUAUUAGUUGGUAUUACAAACACUGUGGGGAGUGCCAUAUCACGGGAGACUGAUUGUGGUAUUCACAUUAACGCGGGCCCUGAAAUCGGUGUGGCCAGUACCAAGGCCUACACGAGUCAAAUAGUUUCUAUGGUGAUGUUAUCAGUAAUGAUUGGAAGCGACAGGAUCUCAAAACAGAAGAGGUGUACUGAAAUAGUUCAAGGACUUAAAGAGUUGCCAGAUCUGAUCAGGAGAGUGUUAAAGAAGGAUCAUGAGAUUUUAUCUCUCGCCAAGGAGUUGUAUGAUGAGAAGAGUUUACUUUUAAUGGGGCGUGGUUACAACUAUGCGACCUGUCUGGAGGGAGCUCUCAAAGUCAAGGAGGUGUCGUACAUGCACAGUGAGGGAAUACUGUCAGGUGAACUAAAACACGGCCCUCUAGCCCUGGUUGACGAGAACAUGCCGUGCGUUAUUGUGGUAGUGAAAGAUAAUACCUACACCAAGUGCCACAACGCAUUGCAACAGGUAAAAGCAAGACAAGGCAGACCAAUCACAAUCUGUGAAGAGGGCGACUCAGACGUUCAAAGUAUGAGCUACAGAUCAUUCUCGCUGCCCAGCUCAGUUGACUGUCUGAUGAAUAUUCUAGCUGUAAUCCCCCUCCAGCUCCUCUCAUUCCAUCUGGCCACUCUGAAGGGGCUGGAUGUUGACUGCCCCAGAAACUUAGCUAAGAGUGUGACAACAGAAUAAAACACUGACUGUAACCAUGGUUACGGUAUCUAUUUAAUUGGGGAUGUUGUUAUUUUAAAUAGAGUUUUAAUUUGCAUUUAAUAGCCUUGGAUAUUCAAUAGACUGUAGAUGUUUAAAUUCCAUUUUUAGGUGACUUUGUUUACGGAAUAGUGUUGAUUUGCGUAUGAAUUAAGAUUACUCAUAAAUUAAACUUAUUUAAAUAAUUUGCAUGUAAAGAGUCACAUGAUUUAAUUAGAUUUGUUAAACGAAUUUAUUCAAUCAAAAAAUGUAAUUUAUGUAGAAAGUAGCUUUUAUGUUCACCAUUCGUCAUUUUAUUGUCAUGAUGCUAAAUAUUGCUAGUUUAUUUCCUGUUUAAAUUUAAUGUAAUUAUAUGUUAUUUUUGACAAUUUCAGUAAUUCUUUCAUCGUCACUGAGAGUGAGAACAAGAAAA